AUGGCUUCGCAAAAGAUUGAAGAGCAGAAGAGUGAAUUGAAGCAGCGAGGCGCCAUUGAGGCUGCUCAAGGCACUCAAUAUCCCUCAAUGGCUCGCGCCGAAGCGGUUGAGAAAAAGAUUGUCGACGAAACCCUAAAAGCCGGUUUACCAGCCUACCAGUUCGAUCCGGAUGCGACACCAGAGCAAAAAGCUGCUGUUGCAGAAUCUCAAGUACCUCCAGGCUUCCACCAUGACAAAAAACCGAUGGCUGUGGCAGCCAUCCCAGAUAAGGGCGAUGGCACACCCGAUCAGGACAAGCUUCCACCCCCCAAACCUGCACCCGCAUUGCUAGUGGAUAAGUCGGCCGAUGCGAUAGCGCCCAAGAAGGAUGGCCAGCCGAUGGACGAUGAAGCACGAUGGGCACGCGAUCGCACUGGGUGGGCCCCCCAAUUCGCACAAGAAGAGACAAAGCAGGAGCAUGAUGAUGCAACCCUCUUGGACCAUCAGACCCUGUUGGAAAGUAGUCUGGACGAUAAGUUCUUCGGAGACUGGUAUCACAAUGCCGGUGUGAUAGUCUUUGCGUGUCUCGCCUCCUGGCUCGUCGCCGUGUUGGGCGGCGGUCUUGGCUGGAUCUUUAUCGUCAUGGCUGCAUGCGGCACAUACUAUCGAACCUCAAUUCGACGCGUGCGACGGAAUUACCGCGAUGACGUUCACCGUGAAAUGGCAAAGCAACGCCUGGAGACUGAUACCGAGAGCUUGGAAUGGAUCAACAGCUUCCUGGUCAAGUUCUGGCCCAUCUAUGCGCCUGUACUGUGUGACUCAAUCAUCAACUCCGUUGAUCAGGUUCUGAGCACCUCCACCCCCGCCUUUUUGGACAGCCUGCGGUUGAAGACUUUCACCCUGGGUAGCAAGCCUCCACGACUGGAACAUGUGAAGACCUACCCUAAGACGGAGGUCGAUACUGUCAUCAUGGAUUGGAAAUUUAGCUUCACACCUAAUGACACUAUGGACUUGACCUCUCGCCAGCUGAAAAACAAGAUCAAUCCCAAGAUUGUCUUGGAAGUCCGGGUCGGCAAAGGGGUUGUGAGCAAAGGUCUGGAUGUGAUUGUCGAGGAUAUGGCAUGUAGCGGCUUGAUGCGGGUGAAAGUAAAGCUUCAAGUUGCCUUCCCCCAUAUCGAGAGGGUGGACGUUUGUUUCCUCGACCGACCCGAGUUUGACUACGUUUGCAAACCCCUGGGUGGUGACACCCUUGGGUUCGAUAUCAACUUCAUUCCCGGUCUGGAGAGCUUUAUCAAGGAACAAAUCCACAACAAUCUUGGGCCCAUGAUGUACAGCCCGAAUGUCUUCCCUGUGGAGAUUGCUAAGAUGCUGGCUGGAAAUGCCGUUGACAAAGCAAUCGGUGUUGUUGCCGUCACCCUCCAUGGCGCCCGCCAGCUUAAGAACCCUGAUGCAUUCGCUGGUACUCCUGACCCUUAUGCAGUUGUUUCUCUAAACCACCGCACCCCUCUCGGACGCACCAAGACAAUCCGCGACACGGACAGCCCGAGAUGGAAUGAAACGAUCUAUGUUAUUAUCACGUCCUUCGCAGAUACGUUGACCAUCCAAACAUACGAUUGGAACGAGUUCCGAAAGGACAAAGAACUAGGAACCGCUACUUUUGCGAUGGACAAACUCGAGCAAGAGCCUGAACAUGAAGGUAUUUACAUGGAGGUUUUGGCCAGCGGUAGAUCCCGUGGAACUAUCCAUGCCGACAUCCGAUUCUUCCCAGUGCUGGAAGGUAGGAAGCUGGAGACUGGAGAGCUUGAACCCCCUCCGGAGUUGAACACUGGUAUCGCACGAUUCACGGUUGAACAAGCCAAGGAUCUGGAUGGAACGAAGAGCAUCGUCGGUCACCUCAACCCUUACGGUGUGCUGCUUCUGAAUGGCAAAGAAGUCCACAUAACCAAUAAGCUAAAGCGCACCAAUAAUCCUAUCUUCAAGGACGCCUCCAAGGAAUUCCUCAUCACGGACCGGAAAAAUGCACGUCUUGGUUUGGUGAUCAAGGAUGACCGUGAUUUGGUGAAGGAUCCGAUUCUGGGCACUUAUCAUAUCAAGCUGAAUGACAUGCUCAAAAUGAUGGAAAAGGGCAACAAUUGGUUCCAGCUCCACGGCGCCAAGACGGGCCGUGCAAGGCUGCUCCUGGAGUGGAAGCCUGUCGCAGUCGGAGGUAUCUCUGGCAGCGCCGGAUACAUCGACCCUAUUGGUGUGAUGCGGAUCCAUUUCAAGAACGCAUCAAACCUCCGCAACCUGGAAACUAUGGGCAAGUCAGAUCCUUACGUUCGUGUCCUGCUGUCUGGCUUUAUGAAGGCCCGGACAGUCACUUUCAGAAACAAUCUGGACCCCGAAUGGGACGAGAUCGUAUAUGUUCCGAUCCACAGUGCUCGCGAAAAGCUUACUCUGGAAGUUAUGGAUGAAGAGUCUGUCGGUAGCGACCGAUCACUUGGUGCAGUUGAACUCUCCGCCGCCGACUAUGUCCAUGAGAACGAAAACGGGGAAUAUGAAAUUGAUGACGAAAAGCAACUUGUGUCUAGUGGUCUUCGUCUUGGCAAAUCCGUCAAAGGAACAUUGAACUACACCAUUGCCUUCUACCCAACGGUGCCAGUUGUCAACCCAGAGGAUGAGGUUGAAGAGGAGCAGGAAGAACAAGCGAAUGGCGAAGUUGAAGGAUCCGAUGCCUCGCGGAAGAGCAUUGACUCGAAACCCAAGAGUUCCCACUCCAAAUCCGCCAGUGUUGACUCGAAAGCUUCUGCCACCAAAGCCACGACAAACGGCACCGCCGAAGUGCAAACCAAUGGCCGUGCCAGUCUCGAGACGACAACCCCUUCCACCCCUGCCACCACAAAAGACUCCGAAACCAUGUCAGUCAAAUCGGUCAAGGAAGUGCCCAAGACUUACAUCUCUGCGGAAGAACUCAAGAACUACGAAUCCGGUUUCAUUGUUUUCAAGCUGCAUGAGGUUCACCUCUCUCGUGCCAACGUGCACGUGGAAGUUCUCAUGGACGACUACAUGUUCCCAGCUUGGUCAUCUCAGAAGAUUCGCACCAAGGCCACUCAAAUUGAAGACAUUGGUGAUGCAUUCGUGCGUGAACUCGAAUUCUCGAAGAUCACACUCCGGCUCGUAGAGAAACACAACUCGAAGGAUGACGACGAUCAUACAGUGGCCAAACUAACAGGAGACACACUCUCUACUCUCCAGCGUAUCUUGUAUACUCCUACUGAACUCGUCCUUCGGUCUAAUGACGGGGAAGUGAGCAAGGUUACUGUUAGCGCCCGAUAUAUUCCUGCCAACAUGAAGCUCGAUCCUACUGAGAGCAUCAACAAUAUGGGAACUCUGCGUGUGGAUGUUUUGGACGCCGCCGAGCUUCCUUCGGCUGAUCGAAACGGCUUCAGUGAUCCAUACUGCAAAUUCCGUCUGGGCGAGAAGGAAGUGUUCAAGACGAAGGUACAGAAAAAGACACUUCACCCCGCUUGGAACGAAUUUUUCGAUACUCCUAUAAAAUCGCGAAUAGGCGCCAAUUUCCGUGUCGAUGUUUAUGAUUGGGACUUUGGCGAUAAGGCGGACUAUCUCGGUGGUGUCCCUAUUGACCUCGAAGCUCUGGAUCCGUUUCAGAGCAAGGAGGUGACUCUAACCCUUGACGGAAAGUCGGGCGCUAUUCGAAUGAAGCUGCUGUUCAAGCCAACCUACGUGAUGCGCUCGCGCCAAGGUUCAUCUACCUUCUCCGGUACAUUUGCUACGCCCGGAAAGAUUGUCGGCGCUCCUGUUAAAGGAGUUGGGCUUGUUGGCGGCGGCGUUAUCAAGGGUGCCUCUUUCCUUAAACACGGGAUCAUGUCUAAAAUCCGUGGAGAUGAACCAGGCUCUGAUGAUGAGGGAACGGAAAGGGAGGUUCCGAGAGCUCCCGCUGCUAUUCUGGUUGACGGAGAGACUCCUCCUAGCGCGACACCUAGCAGCACUCUCCAGCAUGCGCGCACGCGAAGUGUGGUUUCGCAGUACGCUGAUCGACUUGGUAUCAGCGGCAAGGGUGAGCCCGGAUCUGCUAGCAUUUCGAUCGUUUCUGCAACCGGAUAUCCGCCGUCCGCUCAUGUACGUGUUAUUGUGAAAGUCGUUGGGACCAAGGGUGCCAAGGAAGUACUCAAGAGCAAGGCCGUCAAAUCCGGCGGUGGCCCCGUGUACUUUGACGCUUCACACGAGACGUGCCGAGUACACAACACGACGGCCGAUGCGCAGUACCAAAUCAAGGUUGUGGACCAUGCAACCUUUGGUUCCGACAGCGUUCUUGGCGAAGCCAUGUUCUUUGUGGACGACCAGGGUUCAGCUGCGGGACAGGAGAGAUCGGUGAGCGUUGGCAAGGGAACUAUCGCACUCCGCAGCAGCUUCUCCGCGGUGGAGGGUCUGCGGCCCGGCACGUCAUACUCGAACACGGGCGAUGCGGCGUCGGAGGUGAUGGACAGCCCGGACUCGAAGAAGCCGGGACGCCGUAGCUUCCUUAGCAAGCGGAAUGCCAGCGGAGCUUAA